CGCAGACAAAAAAAGGGGCUAAAAUUAGCAACACUUAAAGUGUGUUUAGUGUCGUCCAGUCGAUAAUCAAAAUGUUUAAAGAGUUAGUGAAGAAGCGACUAAUGGCGGCGGCCGAUGAAAUAUUUACGGUGUUUGAAAGAACCAUCGUGUCGUACGAGAAGGAACUUUCUCGAAUAAAAGAGGAGAAGGAGCGAUAUCGACAACAACUGGAAGCUGUUAGCCAGACUCAAUUUGGGCCACACGCUGAAGAUGUCCAGCAGCCGAGGAAGGGGGUAAGCUGCACAUUGAAGCAGGAGGAUCCACAGCCCCACGAUGUUAAAGAGGAAGAGGAAGAACUCCGUAUCACUCAGGAGAGAGAGUGUCUUCUAGGGCGAGAGGCGGCUCAUCCCGCCAAGUUUCCACUGGCUGUUGUUCCUAUGAAGACUGAAGAUGAUGGAGAGAAACCACAAGCAGACAACCUCUUAGCCCCGCUAUCAGAUAGGGACGACACAACGUCACCCUCUCCUCAGAAUGAAGAGAGGGACGACGACACCCACGAGCCUUUGAGCAGCGAUACGGACUGUGAAAUUGAUAUAAGGACUGAUACUGACGACAAACCCUCUGAAUGCUCUGAAAAAGGCAAAGACCAUUUAACCUGCUCAGUUUGCGCGAAAAGAUUUCCUAAAAAGGGGGAUUUGACUCGACACAUGCGGACACAUACCGGAGAAAAACCUUUCAGUUGCUCAGUUUGCGAUAAAAGAUUUCCUCGAAAGUCAAGUAUUAUAAUCCACAUGAGAACGCACACGGGGGAAAAACCUUUCAGUUGCUUAUUUUGUGGUAAAGGAUUCUCCCAAAAUGUAGCAAUGGUGUCACACAUGAGAACGCACACUGGUGAAAAACCCUUUAGUUGUUCAGUUUGUGAAAAAAGAUUCUCUCGCAGGUCAUAUAUGGUAUCGCACACAAGGACGCACACGGGGGAAAAACCGCAUACAUGUUCAUUUUGUGCUAAAACUUUUACACGACACAACAACUUAAUGACACACAUGCGAACCCACAAUGGAGAAUAACACGUUUCCUGUUCUAAAAUAUUGACAAGUCAUAGAAGUGUAUGAUGUCACAUGUGAAAAGUCAUCCAGAAGGUAAUGAUCUGCUGUAUGUACCAUAUCAGAAUCCUUCAUGAGUUCCAAGUUUGUGUACUGCUAAGAACAGUAGCUUGGGGCCGAUCUGCUCUACACGCAGAACAUAGGCCGUGUGUAGUGCCCCAGGAUCUGUGGGGGGGCCGUUGCUGUGAAGAAGUGCUUGUAAAAUGUCAAAUAAUGAAUGACAGUGCGCUUCAAAUGAAAUGUUACUGCAAACAUUCCUAGAAAAAAUUCUGCUCUGUAAGGCAGUAUAGUAUGUACAGGGUUCGAUUCGCAGUCUGUAAGAUGUCCAAAUGUAUUUUUUACUGAAAGCGGACCUAUUAUGCAAAACAAACUUUUUUUCACCUAUUGGUACCUGUUUUUGUGUGUUUGGGGUCUGCAUAAGUUCCUAAAAUUUCAAAUCAAAUCAUAGAAACAUGGAGGAGAUAUUUAUAAAACAAUCUUGCCUUCCUUCAUACUUCCUUCAAACGAGCCGUUUGGAAUUCGCCCAAUUUGUGAUGUUUUUCCUAUUGGUGACAUCAGCAAAUAUCUCCAUAUAUGGUUAAGUUUUGCUUGAAGAGCUUUGCCCGAGUCCGCCAUUGUAGUCCAACAUAGUCAAUAGGUUCCUUUUUUUCUCUCUAUCCUCUUGUGCAGAUGCAUCCACCGCUUUUGCCAUUUCUAAUACAAAGUAGCAUAUAGUUCUAACUUAGAUCUGUAACUAGACUCCAUGUGGCUGACACGGUGGAGACACAGUCAAAGUGGAGGCACGUAAAUAAGACCGCCCACAAAACACGUCAUCCUGAAGAGACGCGUUUUAAAAUUUAAGAUCGUCACGUAUGUAUUCAAAGCGCUCAAUGGUUACAUCAAAGAUCUCGUGGACCAACCUACCAGCUCUUAACCCAUUGUAGAUGGUAAGCAGUACCAAGUUCCUGGGGGUGCAGAUAACUGACAAUAUGACCUGGUCCCUACACACCGGAGCUCUGGUAAAAAGAGCUCAGCAGCGCAUGCACUUUUUGCGUCGGAUGAAAAGAGCACAGCUCCCUCCCCCCAUUCUUUCCACAUUCUACAGAGGCACUAUGGAGAGCAACUGCAUCUCUGUCUGGACUGGAGUCUGCAGUGCCUCAGACUGGAAGUCUCUGCAGAGAGUGGUGAGGACGGCGGAAAAGAUCAUCAGGACUCCUCUUCCUCCGAUCCAGGAAAUUGCAAAAAGCCGCUGCCUGACCAGGGCUCAAAAAAUCUGCAGAGACUCCUCCCACCUCCACCAAGGACUGUUUUCACUGCUGGACUCUAGAAAGAGGUUCCGCAGCCUCCGUAGCAGAACCUCCAUGUUCUGUAACAGCGUCUUCCCUCAGGCCAUAAGACUCUUGAACGCAUUAAAAUAAUCCCCUCAAUUCCCCUCAAAAACGGAUUAAGACAA